GAGGUGGUCGUGAGCAUGAACAAGGCGUGGGCAUUCCAGAACCCGACGGAGACCUACAGAUACUACGACUUCCCCUUCUGCCAGCCGGAAGUGGUGAUGCCCCACUUCAUGACGCUCGGCCAGGUCCUCCGCGGGGACAGGCUGGUGAAUUCGAUAUACAAGAUCAACUUCAAGCAGCAGGUCGACCGCACGGUGGUCUGCAGGAGGACGAUGCUGGAGAAGGCUCCGGCGCGCGUGCGCCCGCCUGCGCGGGUGCGCUGCCCGAUGGCGUCUCGCGUUCCGUGGCGUCCAGCAGAGAUGGGGCGGGCGCCCUGCUCCGGGCCUCGCGCCUCCCGGGGGGGAAACGCGACGUCGGAGAUCUGGAGUUUGUGGGGGAUGGGCCUUUCCGGAGCGCCUUCUCAUCCGCGUCCGCAACCUCCCGGAUCUUCGCCUCCAGGAAACUUCCGAUGGAGUGA